GAGAGACGGAGAGGCGGAGAGACGCGGCUUGGAGGAAAGAGACAAGAAGUGGAGAGAGAGAGAGAGAGGGAGAGGCGAAGACGAGAGGGAGAGAGAGAGAUUCAAGACACAUAGAGAGAGAAGAAAGGUGACGCAUCACGGUGUGACCCCCCCCCCCGCAGCAUGCUGGCGCCCUUCCUCCUCGCCCUCAGUCUUCUGGGGGCGGCGUCUUCGGCCGCCGUGCUGGAGACUCCCGCGGGUCACCAGGCGGGCAGCAGCGGCCACCAGGUCCCGGAUAUAAGGGAGACCGUGGCGUCGCUCCUGCAGGGGAUGGCUGACGAGGGCGGUGUCCUGGGGAAGCUCAGGUCUGGCCUCCUGCCGAAGCUUGUGAAACAGCUGCCGGACCCCAAGGACGUGGUGUCGUCUUUAGGACUUCACGAGGACUUCCUGAAACCAGUCCAAAGGAUACUAGAGGGCUUGAAGGACCUGCAAGCGUUCCCGGCGGCAGGGGAAGGAGAGGCGGCGUCCCUCAACUCUCUCAGCACACAGGACGCCAACGAGAAGUUCCUGGGCCUGGUGAAGGACGUGCUGCAGCAGGAAAUCGGCGGCCUGGGGGUGCUGUCCCGCUUGGGUGGCGGCGGAGGCGCUGGGGACACGGCAGGGCCGCCGGCGGGGCUCAACGAGACCUCCGCCAGCGUGUGGAUGCUGGUCAAGACGACGUGGGCGCGCGUGCUGUCCUACGUGGAGGCGGAGAACUCGUUGGACUCCUUCAUGCAGCUGACGCCCAUCAAGGUGAUCGACCGCAUCAUCAGUCUGGGUGACGACGUCAGCCUCGCCUCCUUCCUGGCCAAGAAGCUCGACCGUGACUUCGCCGAGCACGUCUCCAGCACCGUCAUGCCCUUCCUGGGGCCGCUGCGGGACCUGGACGCCCUCUACAACUUCACGCGGCAGCAGGGCGGUGGCGGCCUGCUGGAGUACCUGGCCUCGCCGCGCCUCGCCAGCACCGUGGCGGCCAUGGCGCGCUUUGUCAACGCCUACUUCGACGACACCUUCGACGACAAGGUGGCCGACGAGUACAUCGCUUUCAUCUCCUUCAACAACCCCGAGUUGCGGGAGUUCUACAGGUCACUGCUCAACGGCGCCAGCGGCGGCGGCAGGCAGAAGCGGGACGAGUUCAACCGCCGCGCCGCGUCCUACAAGUUCAACGGUUACGACUUCCAGCCGGACACGUCCACCGUCGCAGAGGACCGCUCCCUGGCAUCCAGGGACGGCGGCCACAGCGGCGGCGGCGGCCACAGCGGCGGAUACGGCGGUGGCGGCGGCGGCCAUAGUGGCGGUUACGGCGGCGGCGGCCACAGCGACGGUUACGGCGGCGGCGGCGGCGGGUACGGUGGCGGCGGGCACAGCAGCGGCUAUGGCGGCGGCGACAGUUACGGUGGUGGCGGCUACGAGCACAGCAGCGGCGGCUAUGGCGGCGGGGGCUACGGCAGCAGCCAUGGCGGCGGUGGGUACGGCUAUGGCGGCGGGCACAGCACCAUGAUGAUCGACCCGGCGGUGGUGCUGAGCUCCGUGGCGCUGGGCGCGCUGUUCGGCUUCCUGCUCUUCAGGCUGAUCAGGGGCACCGCGCGGGGCAGGCGGGACAUCGGCGACGGCUCGCUUUCCCUCUGGCAGUCCGACGUGCCCUACGACGACCAGAGCCGCGCCCUGCGCUCAGCCCGCGCCGCGCCCGCCGGUGAGGGUCUGGCACUACCGAACUCAUUGCGAGGCGACAGGUGGUCGUCGGCGCCGCUGGUCGGCGACGAGACAUCGACGGGACUGUCGUUGGAGGAGGACGACCUGGCCGACCACCUCAACCAGCUGUGGCGGGCACACAGCGGCAACAACUCGGCCACCUGUGUUAGGAACCACCUGUGCCGCCAGCUGACGGGGCCCGGGGCAGCCCACGCUGGCCUCGCCCUAAUGCUGUCGUCGACGGGCGGGCUGCUGGGCGUGGCGGCCUCCGGCCAGCUGCUAGACGACAUCAGCGGCAGCCUGACGGAAGGUCGCGCCUACACCUGCCCAGACCCCGCCACCUCCUGCCCCAUGGCCCUCUAGUGGCACACCCGCUCCUGCCACCUCACUCCUCUUCCCCAGCCCCUCCUCCCCCCCACAGGUGGCAAACAUCCCGCGGCCAGCACGUCACGGCGACAACCUUCCCUCCACGCCGGCGCGGCCCAUUAGUGCCGGGGCCUUGGUGUCCUCCGGGGAGGGCGGUGACGGGCGGCUGGAGGACCUGCAUGUGGGGGCGGUGCUGCGCCUUGCUGGGGGCCUGGAAGGCGGGGGGGGGGGGGGCAGCUGGACAUUCCCCUCCCCCUUAACCCCCGUGCUCCUUGUCCCCCGCAGAUGGCCGCGCACCUCCACGACACACAUGGGGGGCUUUGACCAACGUUAUAGAUAUCUAUUUAUUUAUUUAUUUAUAUACUAUAAUAUUUAUUUAUAUAUAUUUAUUAGAGUUCUUAAGGCCUGUCUUGGUAUUCCAGAUACACAGACACACACACAAACACUAGACAAACAAGGACGAACGCAGAGACACAUACAAACACAUACAAACAAACAAUUAUAUAAAAAAAGAAACACUUGGGACCUGUGCGUGUGUGUGUGUGUGUGUGUGUGUGUGUGUGAAUGAGUAGAGAGAAGAACACUACCCAGCAGAACUAUUGACUGACUGACUGAGCGACCAAACAGACAAACACGCGAGUCCGUCUAUUAACUCGUUCCCAGGCGGGGCAAUGUCGUGUUCCCGCUAAUUACUGUUGUUGUUGUUCCUGUUUGUGUCGUUACGGAAAUAAAUGGAAAGAGCAUGA